AUGGUUAGUUUUGAUGUUCAGUCUGUAUUUACAUACCUGCCUGUUGAAGAAUGCAUCUCAAUUGUAACUAGAAAACUAGAGGAAAACAACAUACCGGCAGAAUAUUCAGUAUUACUUAGACAUUGCCUUACAUCUGGUAAUCCAUUGUGGAAGGAAGAUUUUUACAAGCAAGUAGAUGAUAUUGUGAUGGGCUUACUCGUAUCUCCCAUUGUCGCCGAUAUUUUCAUGGAUGACUUUGAGGAGAAAGCCCUACGUACUGCACCUGUAACUCCAAAGUUCUACAAGCGGUACAUAGAUGAUAAUUUCACAAUUUUACCAUCAGAAUAA